AUGAGUGAUAAAAUCCCCUCUUGGAAUGUCGUCCACAAGCUGGAGAAGCGCCAGCUUCUCAUCGGAAUCAACUGCGUGGCUGGACUGUCUAUCCUGUUCUUCGGAUACGACCAAGGCAUGAUGGCUGGUGUCAACAAUGCAAAGGAUUAUAUCGAUCUCAUGGGAUUUGGCUAUACUGAGAUGGUGGACGGCGAGUUGACUCCGGUAGUCACAAAUUCCCUGCUGCAAGGUGGGAUUGUGUCGGUCUACUAUCUGGGAACGCUUUUCGGCGCUUUACUCGGUGGCUGGCUUGGAGAUCGCACGGGAAGAAUCAAAACUAUUGCAGCUGGUGCUUUGUGGGCUAUUCUAGGUGCUGCCCUGCAGUGUUCGGCUCAGAAUUCCAAUUGGAUGAUUUGCGCGCGUUUCGUUAAUGGUAUUGGAACCGGAAUCCUGAACGCUAUCGUCCCUGUCUGGGCGACCGAGACGGCUGAACAUACUUCGCGCGGACAAUUCAUUGCCAUUGAAUUUACGCUCAAUAUUUUCGGUGUGGUGUUGGCUUAUUGGUUGGAAUUUGGCCUGUCUUUCAUCGACAACGGAGAGUCAGCCUUCCGCUGGAGAUUCCCCAUCGCCUUCCAGAUUAUAUUCCUCCUAGCCCUCUUUGCGGCCGUCUGGUUCUUCCCAGAGUCACCUCGAUGGCUCGUCAAGGUCGGCCGAGAGGAUGAGGCACGCUAUGUUCUGCAGCGUCUGCGUGGAUCUAGUGGAGAGGAUCACCUCCGAGCGGAAGCCGAGUUCCAGGAUAUUCUGAGCAUCGCCGAGCUGGAGCGGACGAUGAAUCACGGUGAUUCAUAUCUGUCUAUGCUGGUUGGCUACAAAUCCGGUGAUCUUCAUAUUGGCCGCCGCGUACAGCUGGUCAUUUGGCUACAGAUCAUGCAGGAAUGGGUUGGUAUCGCAGGUGUUACUGUUUAUGCACCAACCAUCUUUGGCAUUGCUGGGUUUGAUUCAAUGAAGAGUCAGUGGAUUAGUGGACUAAACAAUAUCUUCUACAUGUUUGCCACGCUAGUCUGUGUCUUUACUCUCGACCGCAUCGGUCGGCGAUGGACUUUAUAUUGGGGUGCAGUCGUUCAGGGUAUUGCCAUGUUCCUCGCAGGAGGAUUUUCUCGUCUUGCGAUCGACAACAAGGCAGCCGGUGAUAUGGCCAAGGCAUCCUCAUAUGGUGCAGCUGCAGCUUCGAUGAUUUUCAUCUUCACUUCUGCAUUCGGAGCUUCGUGGCUCACAGUCCCCUGGGUGUACCCGGCUGAAAUCUUCCCCCUGGCUGUUCGUGCACGUGGAAAUGCCUUUGGUGUUGUCGGAUGGAGUAUUGGAAAUGGAUGGCUGACUCUACUGUGUCCCGUCAUGUUCGAUGCCAUUGGUGAAAAAACGCUAUACGUCUUUGCCGCGAGUAAUGUCAUUACCAUCCCGAUGGUAUGGGCCUUGUACCCAGAAAGCAAUCAGCGCACGCUAGAGGAUAUGGAUCUUCUAUUCGCAGCUAGGACACCCUGGACUUGGGAUGCGGAGAAGACCUUUGCGCGCUUGAAGGCAGAGAACCCAGGCAUGGUCCAGAGUCUCGGUCGCAAGGGCAGUGUGCUUGAUCCGAAGACUGGGAAGCCUCUUUCUGUUGGUGCUGCUGCGGCUAUUGCGGCCUCCAAGGCUGGCGACAAUGCUGUAGGAGCUGAGCACGUGGAUCACGCUUAG